UUCUUCCGUUCCUCCGUUAUCCGUGUUGCCGACGAUUGCGUCGCACUCUCGUUUGUGGGCUAUUUGGAGGCGUAUACAUACACGGGGCGAGACUCGAUCGCACACCACUUGGCAACCACUUGAGACUCCUCGGAAUCGUACAAGUUUCCCGGGCUCGGAAUCGCGCUUUAGUGUGAGUCCUCUGAAAGAUACCGGCACGUGUGAGUGCGAUGUGGGCGACGCUUAUCGUGAAGCGCGUAACUUCUUUUCGGCGAACUGCGGAUCGAGGAAAAUCAACAGUAGCCGAAUACUCGACGUCUCUUGGAAGCAAGCAUACCGCGCAAAAAUCAGAACUUCCCAACAAUCGGAUGUUGCAGCAGACGAUCAUCGGAAGCACGGAAAUAUCGCGGGCUCAUCUCACUCCGGAGAUACGGCUGCAUCUUUUGACCCCUAAUUGCCCUUUGUACCAUGCCCCAGUGCCUUCAACAGCUAAUGGAAACACGACGUUCGUAGAACCAUUCUGGAGCAUAUUCUGGCCCGGUGGACAGGCUUUAGCCAGAUUCGUCCUAGACCGUGGCGAUGAACUCCUGAAAGACAAGUCUGUCGUCUUGGACCUGGGGGCCGGUUGCGGGGCAGUUGCUAUAGCUGCGAAACUCCGAGGAGCUCGUCUCGUUAUCGCGAACGAUAUUGACCCAGUUGCGUGCGUGGCAAUCGGCAUGAACGCUACCCUGAACGACGUGCGAGUAAGAACAUCCGGUGAAAAUUUAUUAGCAAAGCCGUUCGGAACGGACCAGACAGCCGACGAACGUUUCGACGUCAUCUUCGUCGGAGAUUUGCUCUACGACGAGGAGAUCGCUACGGUCCUGGAAACCUGGCUCGACGAGGCUCUCCGUCAGGGCACGAGUGUUUUUCUCGGCGAUCCGGGAAGGCACGGUCUCACCGAUAAACUUCGCAGAAAAUUGAGAAAGCUGGCGACUUACGAACUGCCAGAUAACGUUCGUCGAGAAAACUACGGGUUCGAUACAGCCACGGAUUGGAUCUAUCGCACUAGUUUGGGAUCAGCUUACCCUUUGCAGAUCUUUGCGGUGCUUGAACCUCACAGUAGUUUCCGGUGAAACCAUCUGCGCAGUGGCAUCGUAUCGCCUCAGCC